AAGCCUUGACAAAACAGCUGUAUUUCUGCCGGGAUUAAAUCCAGGUGGACUUUUGACCAUUUAUCAGGUGACAAAAAGUGUCACUAAAACCCACGCGACAUUUGGCUUCCGCCUCCCCCGCCCCACAAAUACAUUGAGGUUUCUGGUUGUAGUGGGGGAAAAAAUGAGUUCAAAUGGGACGAAUAGCAUUUGACCGGGUGUGCAGGUGACGUAGGUUGAUUAUUAAUGCCUUCAGGUUCAAGACAGGUGAAUCUAUCGACAGCGGAGGUUCUUGACUCGAUUACGCCGCACUCCACGUACAAGUUUGUAUUAAAAUGGCGGCGGAAGCGACGAAACAGUUGAGGAAGCGCUGUUGAGAGAAGUGAGUUGGCGUCAGCAGCAGCAGCAAGUGCACUCUGAGGAAGAGACGUGGUGCGACGUGGUGCUUGUGUUUACCCGCCGCUUGUUUCACCUCCCCCCGCCACCUGCAGUGACUUUACGUGACAGCGGAUGACCUCCCGCCAGAGCCGUUCGUGUGGCGGAGCCAUGGGAGCGACGGUGGAGCCGCAGUAGCCCCCGGCAUCAUCAUGGAUCUCUCCGAGCGGACGCCACCUGGCAUCCACCUGUAGCGUCCGCCGGCCGCGGCAUGGCAAACCAGAGCCUCGGCCCAGAGGACCAGAUGGACGGCCGCCCUGGGGUGUCUGCUGGAGUCGUUGUGAAGAACGGAUCUUUGGGGAAUGAAUCGAGCGCCUCCAACUCGCUUGACAAACCCAGCUGUGCUUUAGUCAGCGACUUGGUCCUGCCCAGCUACAAGCCAUCCUGCUCCUCCACUCCCAUCUACUACAGCAGUCCCCAGAAAACCUGCUCCGACUUGGACCCCGACCGCCACAGCUUGACCUCUCAGGACUCGGGGAUCCCCACUCUGGAGAUCCACCCUCCAAACCACGGUCACCAUCACCUGGGAGACGCCGCUGAAGACUGUCCCGCCACUUUACCUCUGGACGAUAACCCGGCCGACAUCAAUGGCAUGCACAGGUCCUCCACCUUCCCCCGCAGCGGCUACGACUCUGUCCGACACUUCAGCCCCACCGUCAGACUGACUGCCGCGUCGGGGCUGAGCGUUGGGGGCGGAGCCCUGAACCGCAGCGACGACAUCUCUGUGUGCAGCGUGUCGAGCAUGAGCACCGAGCUGUCCGUCUCCAACGAGGACAUCCUGGACUUCACCGUCACUUCGCAGUCCAGCGCCAUAGUAACCUUGGAAACGGACCUCAGCGGCUCGGCCCACUUUUCGGACGUGGCGCUGUCGCCGCCGCUGGGAGAAUUCUGGAGUCCCGGGCGAGGGCGUCCAGGAGCGGGCAGCACGUACCUGGACGACGGAAAGCUCAAGAAACUGGGGGCUUUUUCAAAUUUGUUCAACAGGAACCUAUUUGCCAAGAAAGUAAAGGAUGGUCAUCCCCCGGAGCAGAAAGAUCCGGGUUGGAAGCUGUUUGGGAAGAUCCCGCCCCGGGAAGGCCCCGUAAAAGACCCCAAGAAAAUCCAAAAGGAAUAUGAAACAAAGAGUGGCAAAGCUGGACCUGGCAACCCGACAUCUCCCAGGCAGGGAGUGAGGAAAAACCUGGACUUUGAGCCCCUCUCCACCACCGCACUCAUCCUCGAGGACAGACCUGCUAAUCUGCCUGCCAAACCUGCAGAGGAGGCCCAGAAACAUCGACAGCAGUAUGAGGAAAUGGUGGCCCAGGCCAAGAAGAAAGAGCUGAAGGAAGCUCAGAAAAGGAAGAAGCAGCUGGAGGAUCGCUGUAAGCUGGAGGAGAGCAUCGGCACGGCGGCCCAGAUCUGGAACCAGGAGAUCCUACCCAACUGGAGCACAAUGUGUACCUCCAGGCGAGUGAGAGACCUCUGGUGGCAGGGCAUCCCUCCAAGUGUCAGGGGGAAAGUGUGGAGCCUGGCUGUGGGCAAUGAGCUGAACAUCACACAUGAGCUGUAUAACAUUUGUCUGGCCCGGGCGAAGGAGAAGUGGAGAAGCACAGCAGUUCCCUCCACUGACACUGAAGACGUUUUAGAUUCUUCGGACCGCGAGUCGAGCCUGGAGCUCAUCAAGCUGGAUAUCUCCAGAACUUUCCCCCAACUGUGCAUCUUCCAGCAGGGCGGGCCUUAUUAUGAUGUGCUGCACAGCAUUCUGGGAGCAUACACGUGCUACCGGCCAGACGUCGGCUAUGUGCAGGGGAUGUCGUUCAUCGCCGCCGUGCUCAUCCUCAACCUGGACACAGCCGACGCCUUCAUAGCUUUCGCCAACCUGCUCAACAAGCCCUGUCAGAUGGCCUUCUUCAGAGUCGACCACAGCCUUAUGUUGACGUACUUUGCAGCGUUUGAAGUGUUCUUUGAAGAAAAUCUACCAAAGCUCUUUGCACAUUUCAAGAAAAACAGCUUGACUCCUGAUAUUUAUUUAAUUGACUGGAUCUUCACACUGUAUAGUAAGUCUUUGCCACUGGACCUGGCGUGCCGGGUGUGGGACGUGUUCUGCAGGGACAGCGAGGAGUUCCUGUUCCGCACGGCGCUGGGCGUGCUGCGCCUCUACCAGGACGUCCUGACCUCCAUGGACUUCAUCCACAUGGCUCAAUUCCUCACCCGCCUGCCUGACCUCAUCCCCCCUGAGCAGCUCUUCCAGCACAUUGCAGCCAUUCACAUGACCAGCCGGAACAGGAAGUGGGCCCAGGUCCUGCAGACGCUGACAGAGCAGAAGAAAUCUGGAGCGAGGCUGUCCGGAGCCGAGGCGCUGAGCUGAGGUCAGAGGGAAGGUCACACACUAAUCCACUCAGACCCCCUCCAGCUUUCAGAGCAUCCUGCACCUGAAAGAGACAGAGACACCCUCUCCUCUCCCGCCUCCCAUCAGCUUGUGGUGGGAGUGAAUUACCGUAGCUGCUGAGUCGGAGCUUUCCUUCGUGUCGCCGCUCAGACCCUAAACCAGCAUCCACAGGAGGGUCUGCCGGUCAGGAAGCACCGGGAGGUGAAAGGAAUACGAGGCCUUAUUUUCCUGUUUUUCUCCCCAACACCCAACAUAAAGCCCAGCAGUGAACUGGAAACUGUAGCUGGGAAACGGUGAAGAAUGUAUCGCACUCCCACUGUCAUGAACACCAGGCUGACUCAGAUCUCUUCUGGUGGGGGGAGGAAACCACAGAGGCACCACUGAAGUUACUCCACCAGUCCCUCCACCUGACCCCGGAUCCUCUGCUGUCGGCUACCUGAACCGCGAUCCACUCGUCUCUUUCUUCCUCUGGUUACAGUGACAAGCAUCACAAACCUUUUUUUUUUUUCUUCUUCUAGAUGUGUACCAGUCAGGGAACAUCACUCUCAUUUUUAAUUCCCACCUUUUGCUUUCAAAACCACCAUGCUUGUUUAAAAUGUGGCCAGUGGAUUCUGUUUGCACUUUUAUCAUUUCCUCAUGGUGUGUUCUGCGUGUGUGUUUUUUAGGCUUGUUUUCUGAAUCAUUCCAUUCUGUCGCUUUAAAAUCCACGAAGCUGCAGCUCGAUCACAUGAUGACUCUGCAACAUGUGACUAAUGAAAACUCUUCACUGAGGUCGUAUAAGCUGCCUGGGAAAUUAUUUUUACUUUUGCGUCAAUGAAACUGGGUUAACUUAAAAAAAAAAGUGGAAAAGUUGGUCUAAACACUGCAGAUGUUGAUUUCUUUUUCAUGCUUUUAAUGUGUUUAUGGUACAUUUCAGCUUUGUAGUGUCCUGGUGUGUGAAGUCUUUUUGUGCGGUUAUUUAAUAUUUAUCAGAACUGUGACGAGAUAUAAAAUGGAAAUGAAGGCUUGUGGUGAAGUUCCUCCUCAGCAAGUGAGAGGUGUGUGAACAUGUUAAAUGUCGAAACGGGACCGGUUUACUUGAUUCACUAUUUGAUCAAAGAAACAUUUUAUUCGUCUGCGUUAAAAUUUGUCCAGAUGAUAGCUGUGAUAGUAAAAUAAACUCCGGAUUCUCAAGCAGUUCAGAAUGUGCAAGUUCUGCCUCGCUGAUACUGUAACUUCAAGAAGGAGCCGUCGGGGCCUGAUGGUGACUAUUUAAGAGCUUUAAUAGAAAGUAUAGUUUAUGUCUGAAGCUGCAACAUGCCAUUGAUUUUUGAACAUGAACGCAUGAAUUAAUGAAGUUUCCCAACAAACUGUUUUUCUUGCAUUUUCCUUUAGCACUUUCUUACAUAAGGCAGCCAUAUUGGAUCUUGAAGUUGCAUUGGGGAGGCUCCUCCCACCUUUGGAACAGGAUCCUCCCACUUUUGGCACAGGCUCCAAUAUAUUUUGAAGAACCCAUACAGACAUGGCUUUCCACUGUAUGCAAGUUAAAACAAGAAAUGUUAAGAUUCAACAUUUAUUCCUCCUGUAAAAUAACACAAUAGAUUAUUGCAGUCAGGGCCGGAUGUAGAAGUACAAGGGCCCCAGGAUUCGAGCCAGUUUUGGUGCCAUAGCAAAAGAAAUUGAACUCAUGCAAAUUACAGACCAUAAUAGGUCCUGUUGUAUGUCUGCAGAUGACUCCAUUUUGAUCCCAAAACCAUUCAUUUCAAAUAUCUGAGAAGUUUAAAUUUAUAGGAAAAAAAAAACACCACAUGCAAAAUUAAUCUAUGACCUUAAUAUGCAAUAUGAUGUUUGAGAAAGAUAGAAAGUACAAAAGAUACAAACAAAAUAUACAUAACAAACAUAAAAGUGUUUUGUUUUUGUUUUUCUGCCCACACAUCUCAGAGCCCUGGUCUUUCUAAAGUCUGGCUCGGAUUGCAGUCACAACCAGAGAUUUUCCAGCCAAUUUGUCUUCAAAAGUGAGGGAACGAUGUAGCCUGGAAUUUUAUUAAAUUAGACUUUUUUCAGUGUGAAUAAAAAAAGAAUUCACACUUGCCUUAAUGCCAGAAACUGUCCCCCACCUAAACACACGUCAACACACUACACGGCUGCUGCUGGUUUAAACGCUGCUGCUCCAAAGCGCAGCAGGAUGCAUUCAAAUGACUGUAAAUGUCUUGGAUGUUGGGAUCAGAUGUUGGCUCUGCUUCAGUCAGUCUUCUGUGGCCUUCACAGUGGAUUCACACUGUGGUAAACGUGUCAUCCCGUCAUAACCAGGUGACACCUGCAUUGACAUUGCUGUCAUCCGUAAAGUUAAAGUAACACCUUAAGGUUCCGCAUAAAACAACAAAACGUAUUGAAACUUGUCUUGGUAUUUUUUUUUAAUCCCCAUUUUUAAUCUAAUCAGGUUGAAAGCAUAGAAAUCUGAUUGGAUCUGAAGGUCAACUGUGGAUAAAAUGAGUGUGUCCUCUUGGUUGUUUUGCUGCUGAUUUGUAUUAUUAUUUUUUACGUGAAACUACUUUUGUUUUCGGUGAAAAUCUCCUCUCAGUGGGACCACGCUCUCGAAGUACACCCAAGUCUUGAGAUGACUUGAAACCAAAAAUCGGUUCUGACUUGUCGGAUUCUUCUCACACAUCUUUUGGCUGUCUUUAGUCAGUUUUCUGUUUCUUUUCUGCUUUCACAUCAUCAUCUGUCUGCACCUCACUCCCCUCCCCCCCACCACCCACCAUUCAACUCCUCCACUGUGGUUUUUCUUUAAAAACCACACAGGACUGCAAUAAAGCUUUUUGCACAAACAUGUCAGCCUUUGCAUUGAGUUGUGCCUCGCAUCAUCUCUUCAUGUCAUCAGUCACAGUUUGUUUUUGUGUUGUCACUGACGUUGCCGUGCCGAUCCUUUCUCUGUGAUGUGUGCUUGUGGUAAGAAGGUAAUUGCACAAAGAUGUUGGUUUCUAACAUGUUACAUUAAAGUUGAAACCUGGUGUUAUCAAUCAA